AUGGCUCCAUCUUGGACAAUGGCUCCAUCUUGGCUCUCGACAUUGUGGCCGCACGCUUCAGACGCGGUGGAGCCAGCAACAGGGCAGCCGGACGCAACAGCCGCAUUCGAUGACCCACACUCUGCCGUGGCCGACCUGCAGCCGUUCCCGACAGACGAUGUGCCAGCAGAAGUCGAGGACGAGAAACCCCCUCCACACGAAUCCAUUGACAAGCUGCCGUCCGACCCCGUGCAGGCAUGGGGCAUUGUAAAGCCCGAGCCGGGGAACUUCAACGGCGGCCUCAUCCCAUGGGCACCCAAGCCACAGUCCAAGCCCAAGGACCAGGCAUACAGCAGCCUGGGCCUCGAGGCUGACGAAGUGUACAACUACGCAUACCCGGACAUGGAGCGGUAUGACGAGCAGCUGCGAGACGUCGCAGCCUUUGCAUUCCCGACAAGCCUCAAACAGCAGCUGCUCGACGGCCUCAGGCGCUACAACCACAAGGCGAGCGCACCACAGGACUGGGAUGCCGUCAAGGAGAUUUGGCAGACGGACAGGAACCCCGACAUGAAGAAAUCGGGCAGCGUCAAGACGUGGAUCGACGACCGCACGAAAAAGGAAGGGUGGCACCACCAGCUCUACGACGACAAGGAAGCCCAAGAGUGGAUGGACAAGACCUUUUCUGAGAAGCACGGCGAAAACAAUGUCCAUUAUCUGUGGAACAACCUGCCCGCAGGCAUCUUGCGCGCGGACCUGUUUCGCUAUCUCAUGCUCCUCGUCAAUGGUGGCAUCUACACGGACACGGACACGCGUUUGGUCCGUCCACCAUCUCAGUGGGGCCACGGCCAACGUCUCUGGAAGGGCGGCGAGGGCUGGAUGGACGCCACGCAGCGCUCGCGCGUCUCGAACGGCGAGAGCAUCGACGACGUGCUGGGCCGGCCCUCCAUCGUCGUCGGCAUCGAGGCCGACGUCGGCGUGCGGGACGACUGGCACAAGUGGUACCCGCGCCCACUCCAGUUUUGCCAGUGGACCAUGGCGGCCGCGCCCAACCACCCCAUCACGCUCUCUGCCGUCCUCCGCGUUCUGCACGCGUCGGCAACAGCCAACGAAUGGGCGCGCGUGCGCUGGUCGUGGAUCAAGGGUCUGCGGUCCACGGGAGAGUGGGACAAGGCCAACGAUUUCUUCAAGAGCAACGUCCUCUCCACCCCGUCAGACGGCGGCCCCGUCGGCGUCAUGGACUGGACAGGGCCGGGAGUGUGGACCGACUCGGUGCUGAGCUACCUGUCCGUCAACUAUGGUGUGAAGUGGACCGACCUGCGGGAAAUCCGCCACCCACUGCGUAUUGGCGACGUGGUCAUCUUGCCAGUGACCGGGUUCUCACCUGGUGUGGGCCAGUUUGGCGCAGGAGAGCCUGAAGACAACCAAGCCAUGGUGUAUCACCUGUUCCGUGGGAGCUGGAAGCACCAGGGCAAAGAAGGCAGUCUAGGCGCGAUGGGAAGUAUUUGGGAUUGA